AUUUGUCAUUAGUGGAGGGUUAAUACAUAACCUAAUUAUUUUAUGGCUACGGAGUACUGUUAUUUUAAGUAAGAUAAUGGAGAGUAAUCGGUGAAAAUACGAGGAUAUAGUUAACCAAAUUAGAUCAUUACAUUAAAAAUUACAACUUUACAAACUAAAAUGUUUUCGAAUCACGAUGCCGAAGUAGUUGGUUUCGAUUCUAAAUCAAGUGCUGUUAAAUCUACCAACGAAAUUGGCUCUCAAACAAUACCUUUAAGCUGUGAUGAAAAGGGUACAGGACCUGCACCAACUCACUCAAUUCAGUGUCAAACCUCGUCAGAUGCUAGAAACAAUACUGCUCCUGAUGUAGAUUAUGACCGUCUUGCUGCUUGGUUGAAAAGAAUUUAUCCAUUAGUGGAAGAACAACUUACAAAUGAUCAAGAUGAAGCCGCUUUUGAAAACUAUAAACCCGAUAUUGAUAGUGCUGAUAAUGUUUCGAAACUGCUUAAUACAUUACAAAAACCUGAUUGGGAAUCUAAACAUCAACCAAAGUUUCGAGUGAGCUGUUUAGAUUGGAAUUGUACUGGGAAUACAAUUGCUGUGGCGUUUUCGGAAGAACAUGAAUCGUUAUGUAUACAUGAUGUUUUUGUGCAUACAUAUUCUAUAAAUAGGAAUGGAAAUUAUGUAGAUCCCCCAACAAACAAAUUGCUAGUGCCUGCUUGCAUAUCAACAAUUAAGUAUCAUCCAACUGAACCUUCUGUAUUAGUUGCGGGUUGUGUUUCGGGUCAAAUAAUAUUAUGGAUUCCAACACCCGAAAAGCGUGACAUGGUAUCAAAUACAUUUACAGGGCAUACUGAAAGUGUUACACAAAUUGCCUGGCACAAAAUUGAAAGUUUGAAUGAUUAUAUUAUUAUAAGUUCUGGAGUUGAUGCAGCUGUUAUAAUUUGGGAUGUUGAUAUACAACUUCAUAAAUUAACAUUAAAAGAAAGAUAUAAAAUACAUUUACCUCAACUUAUGAAUCGAAUGGUAUUACGAAGUGAAAGAGGUGUAACAUGUUUUUCAUUUUCAUUAAUAAAACCAGAUAAAUUUGUCGUGGGUGUAGAAGGGGGUAAUGUUUUAGGCUGUUCACUAAAUGCCGCUAAACCAUUGCCAGAGGUUAUUGAUGGUUUAACUUCAUUGAAUCCAGUUGUAACUCAAUAUGAGGGUCACGAGGGAGAUGUCCGUACAGCUAGUUAUUCGCCCUAUCGAAAAAAUAUAUUUUUCAGCUGUGGACCUGAGGGUGAUAUACAUAUUUACGAUGAGGAUCAGGAAAUUGCCCUUCAAAUAAUUUUUGCUAAAGAAAAUUUAUAUAAAUGUUAUUGGAUACCUUCUGAGGAAAAGGCAUUAAUAGCCUGCGGUGAAAAGGGUAUCAAGUUGUUUAGUUUACAAAAUGGCCAACCCAUAAUUCAUUUAGCGGAAGAUUGUAAAGAUGCCUUAACACAUAUUGCAUUCAAUUCUAGAAGUCCUAAUUUGACUGCCGUUGGUAAUUUAAGUGGAGAAGUUAUGCUCUGGAAUAUUCCGUUUCGAAAACUUGUUGAAACUGUAAAAAUGUGAUUUUAGCACUGGCGAGGAAGGGAUGUUAUGGAAUAUUUCGUAUAGAAAACUUGUCGAGAAUAUAAAAACAUGAUUCUAGGAUAGUUUUAAUAUAUUUAUUUAUGACAUAA